AAGUAUUUAUUCUUCCAUAAAGUAAAAUUUUGGGUUCUUACUUUACGACAAAGUGUAAUUUCUAAGUCUUAUUUUGUCUCAAAGUGAAAGUGAAAUGACUGUGAUAAGAACUGCAUAUCUUUAUUGGAUUGUGUGAAUGAUGGUAAAGGUGCAGCAAAGAUGCGAUCUAGUGCAGUUUUGUGUGUCUACCUGUCUGUUUGUCUUCUUGUGCACAACGUCGUUACAUCCAGGGUUAUACUUGUGGAGAAUGCACCGACAUGCUUCAGGAGGGUGCUGGCGGGUCGCCGUGCCCUCCGAAGCUUCGUACGUCGCGUGGUGCCGUGUGAGAGGCUUGAGGAUUGCCGACGGGAGUGCGCUGAGGAGAGGAGGUUCCAUUGCGAGAGCUUUAACUAUAGGUUAGACCCUUCAUUCCGCGGCAAAGGCCUGUGUGAGAUGAUGACGAAGCCAAUAGAAGCCUUCGACCUUCGACGUGACUUCGUAGAGGAUAAGGACUAUGACUUCUAUGAACUAGACAGAAACAGUCUGGAGCCUCAUUGCCCGGAGACCCUGAGGGGACCCGGGCUUCUACAUUCAGGGUUCUUGUCUUCUAAACCAAAUAAGGAAAGUUACCAGAACAGUUGGGAUAGAACUGACUACUCGGACAGGGGAUAUGACAGAACCUACAACAGGUUCUACGACGAUAGGAGGGUAGACAGGAAUUACGGAGGAGCCCGCAGAAGACAUGAAGAUCAGUUUUUUGUUCCUUAUCAAAUUGGUCUAGCCCGUUCUAAUGAGGACCAAGACACAUGGGGCCAAUAUGGAGGUUCCUACGGCAACUCGUACUAUAAGGACCGCAAUGACUAUCACAAGUCCAUCAGCCACUGGGGCCUCAACGACCUGGAACCACCGCCACCAGUUUACGGAGUCCGCCCUCUGGUCAACCAGAACUUCAAUUAUCAUGAUCUGUCCAAAAAGAUUGACAGAUAUGGCUACGGGUCUUGGAAGAGAGGCAGGUGGAACGUUUCGGGGCCGUCAGGGUCUGGAAACGGCUUGGAUUAUGGCGAGUCUUCAUACUACAAGCCGCCUAAGCCAGUGUUCUACGAGUCCACCGAAUCUCAUGAAAGGAGUGAUGAGGCUGUUGUCAAAGACUGCACUUCCCGCCGUCGUCCGGGCAUGUCUUUAGGGUCCGGUGCCAUUCGACGAUCCCUUCUUGCUCGCACUGUGGUGCAGUGCGAGGCUGCCUGCUUUAACGAACGGGAGUUCAAAUGCGUCUCCUACAGCUACCGUUACUCCAACUCGCAUGGCUCAGACAACUGCUUCCUGAGCGAGCGUCCGUACCGCGGGCUGCAGUUGUCCGCAGACAGCGGCUCCGAUGUCUACGCCAUGCCGGAAGACCACGGCUGCUCCGCCACCACCAAGCCUUUCGUUGAGAGCGAAUGCUUCUGGCACGUUCGGUCAGGAGCUGCCGUGGGGGACGCAGCGGUCAGGGCGGCCCUUACGGUGGCUGGGCUCGGCGCCUGUGAAGCAGAGUGCAUCAGAGCACACGCCUUCUUCUGUCGAGGGUUUAGCUUCAGGUUCGACUCCCCGACCAUAGGCGACGACUUGGAGAACUGCAUACUAACCUCAACACCGCCCACGUCCUUAGACGCUGGGCGUGGGCUACGGCCCACUGCUGGGCACGAGCUGUACGCUCGUGGGAACUACGGUAGAGGGUGCGAGCCGGCGCUGUAUGAUGAUCUGCAUCAGGGUGAGACUGGAGAAUGUUACUUGCAAUACGACGCAGCAGCAAAGCUGAUCGGCACAUCCAUCAAGGGCCAGGCGCGUGUGAAGAACGAGCGAUCUUGCGGACAAGCCUGCACUAACGCACCUUUCAGAUGCCUUAGCUUCUCUUACAACAACAACGCUCCACCAGACAUAGACAACUGUCUGCUCUCAGAGAUCAGGCUGUUCGAUCUCCAACGUGGAGUGGAUUACGAACACUCCACAGACGACUGGCUAUUUGCCUUUGACCUGUUCAAUGGACAGUGCUGGAGGAAGGUGCAUGGCAGGGGGGACCACGACCAACCCGUCCCAGAGCUGCCUCGCCCGCUGUCUCCACCACCACCAGACACGUACUCCAGCUCAGGUCCAUCAUCGCCAUCGGGACCUAGUUCUGGACCCUCGGGACCUAGUGGAUACUUACCCGGACCUCCCGCACCCGCAGAACCCUACCUCCCAUCUGGUCCACCAAGCGGCCCGAGCUACAAGCCCUACGACCGUCCAGACUUCAAACCCAGCUACCCUGGAUCGUACCCCGCCGCACCAGGGUACUUGCCCAAACCUCGCCCGGAAUACACCCCCAGCGAACCGUAUCGACCUUCUGGACCGAGCGGUGCAAGACCAUCGGGGCCAGGCUAUUUACCAACAGGAGGAUCCUACCCAACUGGUCCGUACCGGCCAUCCGGACCACCUGGUCCACCUAGUGGUCCAUACCCACCGACUGGAUCUUACAGACCGGACCCCCCUUAUGCUCCUGAUUUAAAUGGCCCAUACGGACCGGGCUCUCAUAGGCCUGCGAGGCCUGGAUACCCGGAUACGGCGUAUGGACCACCUGUGGGGCCUGUUCGCCCACUAGGGUUAAGACCGGGCGAUAGAGAAGAGGAACCCAUAGCGUUGUCAUGGCGUCACUACACGGUGUCUGGAUUCCCGUGCAGGAAAGGAACGACGUGUGCGCAGAACCAAGUCGCCGGGCAUUGGGCUUGCGAGCCUGAAGGAGGGGAAAUUGGUUCGUGGGACUAUUGCUGUGCGCCGACGCAUCGAUGUGGCUAUAGUGAAGGAUUCCAUAAACCUUGGUGUUACGUGGGUCCGUCGCAGGACCAAUGGCGGCCGUGUAGUGAGAAAUACUACCCUUACCACCAACACAACAUCCCACACCCAACUCAAGGCCAUAGAGGUCCCGGGCCAGACAGGCUCCCAAACAGGCCUCCCCCGUCCAACUUCGACCGGCCUGACCUCUCCUAUCUACCCGAAGCUGACCGCCGGUACUGGGACGAUCUGUACAACAACGGACCUCAGGCUUACUAUGACAAAUACGGGAACCCAUUGCCGGGUUACACCCGAGUUCCGACAGAAGACCGCCCCUACAUCAAGUACCGUCAUAACUACCCUCGUCCAGCAUCAGGUCAGUGGGUGCCCGUGGCUGCUGUGCCUGGGGAGGCUGACCCUCCAGUGCCUGGAGGAUUGGGAGCGCCAAGAUACUGGCCUGUCGCGUAUCUCCACAAGAGUCCUCCACCAAACACCACUUACUUCAAAUACAACCAUACAGAAAGACCUUCCAGUGCCACAGAACGAUACGACAUACAUCCACCUCCUAGAGAUAAUCAUGUACCCAGAGACCCACCACCUAAUAGAGGUAAUAAUGACGAACCUUCAACGUCUUUUAGAGACAAUUCUCGAGACCCCUCUUCAUUUAGAGACAAUUCUCAAGACCCUUCGAUGUUUAGUGACACCCCUAGGGAACCCCCAGCAUCUAGAGAACCUUCUAGAGAUAGAAAUCCACCUAGAGAACGACCUUCACCUUCUUAUACAAAUGUUAAUCCAGACAGACCUCCCAAUAAUAAUAUUGAUAACAAAAGUAAUAGAGAUGACAAGAAAAUUAACGUGACAAAUGUCGAUGAAGACAUAUUUAAUGUGAAUUUGGAUAAAGUGACGACUACUACACCUAAAGCGGAGGUCAAAGUAACUGAACCUCCUAAAGCGAACGAAUCUAAAGCUGAAGUAGAAGCUGUGAAAGUCGUUGAAGCUGAAAAACCUAAAGUUGACAAAGAACUUGAUAAUCUAAAAGGUAUUGACGACAAAAUUGACGAUUUCUCAAGCUCUAUAGAGGUUUUGGAUAUUGAAGAUGCUAAAAAGGGAGAUAAAUUAGCCGAUCUGAAAACUCUUGAAGCGGAAGAGAGACAGAUAGAAGCUAUCGGUCGUUUAUUAGCAGCGCGACGUGGUGGGAAACUGGUUUUAGAAAAACGCUCUCAAAAAGACUUGGAAACCAAGUCAAUUGCUUUAGACAAGGACUUAGUAGACUUCAACUUUGGCAACAAGUUCCCAACCGCUACAGAACGUAGAGGCACUGUACAGAGAGUGACAAAAGAUGAGAUAAAAAGGGAGAGAAACAUAGACAAGAGCUUAGAAGUGAGUGAGACAACAUUCGUUCGUCCACCAAGAGUUUUAAGUACAACAGAGAACAUAAGAAAAACUGUUGUCAAUGGUAAAGUAUUCUACAGCGCCUCGGUGAGAGAACAAAGAGAUUUAAUUAACAACUCUACCAGAAAAGCAAAAAGUCUAAAUUUAAGACCUUUAGAAGAAAGAGCUCCUUCCGUUAUAGCCAAUAACAAUUAUGGUAAAAAGAAAGUAAUUAGAGCAAGGAAUGUGAACCCAGUAAGGAAAGUGAGAAGGGUUUACAGAAGGAAGUAUAAUCCAGAUGAAGUUAGAAGGAGAUUGUUGGAAAGAGAGAGAAGUAUGAAAGAAAACGCGGACAAAAAAGAUUAAACAAUUAUUUUAAAGACGAAUAAUCAUUUCAAACAAAUUACACUAAGACACUUUGUCCUUCAAAACAUACGAUAUGGCGUAAUAAAAAUUCUGUAUCACUUUUGUGCUAUUUGUAUCGACUGGAUUGUAAAGCGGGUAAUAACUAACCUCACCAAUCCUGGGGCCUUUUCAAGUUACAAACGAUUAUGACACUCGACAGUGACAGUGACAAAAUGUAUGGGAUUGACAUGUUACCUUAUGUCAAUUCCAUACAUUUUUACCACUAUCACUGUCGAUUUUCCUUUGUCCAGCCAAGUAGUUAAUGCCAUCUGCAAAAACCUACAAUAAGUCACGUCAAAAAAAUUAAAAAAUAAACUGUCGAUUUUCCGGCCAAACAGUCAAUGCUAUUUGCGGUGAAUAUACAAUAAAUUACGUCAAAAAAAGCUGUAGAUUGUCAUAAUAGUUAGCAACUUUGCAAAAGCCCCUGAUGUCACAGUUAUUGUUGACCUUCGAAAGCUGACUUCUGACGAAAUAUUUAUAGCGUCCGCGGCACGGGUUUCAGAUCUAUCGACUUCGUCCAAUAGUAGUAAGACAUUAAAAUCGACGUAGAUUUAAUUCGCAGCACUCUACUCAUGCCGCUGGGCCUAAGAAAUUCUGGGCCGUGGGCCAGUUGUCCACUUUGAAAGGGGUAAACUGAGUUGAAUAUGCAUCAGUUGCUACAUUUAAUACUAUUAGUGUGAAGUGAACUUCCGAAACACUUUUUUUUGUACUUAAAAUAAUUGAGAUAUUUAAGUAUAAUUUUAGUACCGGCAAUGAAUGUUUACGUGAUAAGUUAUAAAUCAUUUAUAAUUAUAAUUAUUUUUAGUGGAAUAUUGGUGCACCUUAUAUAUUGUCAGUCUGACUUAAAAAGAUACGUAAAAACGUGUUUUUAUUCUGAUUAUAAUCGGAACAACUUACAAAAAUAAUUUUCUUUAAAAAUAAUUAUAAUAUCCAUACCAUUAUAAACUCCUUCAAAGUAGAUACAUCGAAAAAAUAGGCACUAUUUUCGAUUUAAAAAUUAAAUAUUACGUUAAAUUAAAAUAU